ACGAAAUCAUCAACCUGUAGUGCGAUUUAAUUUGGUCCGAGUGUAUAUUGUACGAUUUAAAAGAUUCUUACAAUCCUAGGCUAAUUUCUGUAGUCUUUGAUCGGUAGUUUCACUAAAUAGCUAUUUCCUCUGCUAAAAGUCUGUCAGUGUCAGAAGUUGCAAGAUGUAGUCCAGCUUCUUCAACAACCUAUGACAUAGAACUCUAAAAACGGACACACACAAGAAGAUUCGAAUAAAUUCAUUACUGUCGUACAUAGGGCUGUGCAAAAAUAUCGAUACAUGUAACUAUCGCAAAAAAAAAAAUUUCAAUAGUGUAUCGAUAGUGAUACCUUUACUAUCGAUAAUUUUUAUUUAAAUCAUAUCAUAUACAUACGGCCAAAAGUAAGUGGAAGCGAGCAUGGCAAAAAAUAUAAGAACGCCUGGAGCUCUCAGAGCUGAUGUGUGGGUGUGCUUUGGUUUUCAAAAUAAGUAAUGGAGUAAUGAGUUAUAUGAAAUAAUGCUGUUUGUAGGCUUCACAAGUCAUGACACAAGUCACUUGGCUCCUGCAGUGCAUUAGACAAAAAGUUUAUUAAGAAAAGUAACAAUGACAUUUAUUGUGCUUUCACGGAUGUGACACCAGCACAUUUACAGCACGGAUGAACCAGAGGUUUUAUACUGCCCAUGUUCAUUGUUUUAACUGUAAUGCACCACAACAGCCAAGUGACUUGCGUGAGCCACCUUAUUCCCCUGUGCUACCCACUUGAGGGGCGCAAUCCACAGUUUGAGAACCCAAACCUCUGAUCUAAAGGUCCAUGCAUCGCACAUCAUGGCCACUCUGCAGAGGUAAGGGAUGUUUUUACACGUAUCCUUACAGAAAACCCCAGGUGGUGCACAGCAUGUUGUAUUUCUAGCUCUACUUUUUACAUUCUCUAUUUAAACUAUUGCAAUAUAUCGCAAAUGUGUAUCGUAUCGGAAUACAUAGAAAUAUAUUGUAUCGUGACCCAUCUAUCGUGAUAUGUAUCGUAUCGGGAGGCACUUGCCAAUACACAGCCCUAGUCGUACAGUUGGACAUUAAUGAUAAAAUCCCACAGUGUGAUGUGGCUUUCAGCCGGGAUCAGGUUUAAACUGUGUGACAAGCAACAACUAUAAACACCUUUAAAAUUGCAAAGUGCACCAAGUAAACUACCCAUGAAGGACUAAACUAAUGUAUUUUUUGUGUAUUGGGCAUUUCAAAAUAGCUUAAAAAGUGUCGCCAAACUAUUACUAAUCCAAUCAGUGGUUCACAUCAAUUAACACGCUGUUUAACUUAAAAUUGGAAAUGUACAUGUGCAAAUGUCCAAAAUAGCCAACUUCUGGACUCACUUCUCAUUUCACUUUGGGCAGAAUGAAGCUUUUAAAAUGUACGUGGAUCCUCUGGACGUUUGCCCUCUGUUCAGUCUACGCAGCCAAAGAUAUCUGCAACGCGAAGCCCAAAGACAUGCCUUUGGAGCCAAUGUGUGUCUACCGCAACCCAGACAUCUCAGUAGAACCAACUCAAGCACCUGAGAAGAUCCCGGUUAGCACUAACCCCCGAGUCCUAGAACUAUCCAAAGCCAACAGCCGUUUCGCCCUCACACUUUUCAAGCAGCUCUCCGAGAGAAAGUCCAGCAGUGAAAACAUAUUUCUAUCUCCACUUAGCAUCUCAACUGCUUUUGCAAUGACAAAGCUAGGAGCUUGCAACCGAACACUGGAGCAGCUCAUGAAAGUGUUUCAGUUUGACUCGAUAAAGGAGAAGACGUCGGAUCAGGUUCAUUUCUUCUUCGCCAAGCUGAACUGUCGCCUUUAUCGGCGAAAGCAUGAGACAACGGAGUUGAUCUCUGCCAACAGGUUGUUCGGAGACAAAUCCACGAUUUUCAACGAGACCUACCAGCACAUCAGCGAGAUGGUGUAUGGGGCCAAAAUGAUGCCUCUCAAUUUUAAGGAAAAACCUGAUGAUUCAAGGAUGGUGAUCAACGAAUGGAUUGCCAACAAAACAGAGAACAGAAUAAAAGAUACCCUGCCAGAAGGUUCAAUAGAUUCCGACACCAUAUUAGUCUUGGUCAACGCUAUCUACUUCAAAGGUCAAUGGAAGCACAAGUUCGAUAAGCAAGAUGUCAUGAAUCUAGACUUUCACGUUAGCGAAACACACAGCUGUCCGGUACCCAUGAUGUACCAAGAGAGGAAGUUCCAGUAUGCUUACAUACCCGACGACAAGGUCAAGAUACUGGAGUUGCCCUAUAACGGUCGUGACAUCACAAUGAUAUUGAUUUUACCCAAUGAAGGCACAGCUCUGUCAGAAGUGGUGGCAAACAUGAACCUCAAGGCACUUGUUGGUUGGCUUAAUAAAAUGAAUGAGACCACAGUGACCAUGCAGAUCCCUCGCUUCCGUAUUGAGGACAGCUUGAGUCUCAAAGAGGAGCUGGAGAAAAUGGGUCUCGAGGAUCUUUUUAGUCCAACGCGCGCAAGUCUUCCAGGUAUGGUUGCUGAGGAUGGGCCAAACCUGUACAUCUCUGACGCCUACCACAAAGCCUUCCUUGAGGUAAAUGAAGAAGGCAGCGAGGCUGCCGCUGCCACUGCUGUGGUAGCCAAAGGACGUUCCUUAAACCCCUUCCGGGAGUCAUUCAUAGCAAACAGACCGUUCCUUCUGCUGAUCCGAGAGUCCAGUAUCAACGCAUUGCUCUUCACCGGUCGAGUGGCAAACCCUUGUGGGAGCAGCUAAUUCUGCGAUGAUGGUUAUUGCUCAACUUUGCAGUUCAUUGUAACUUGACGAACUGCCUUGUUUCUCUAUUAUUGGUUAUAAAUGAACUUUUAAAUUUUUCAUAACUGUUUGGUUCUUGAACAAGCAAGUAACGGAAACACACAUAUCAAGAGCAUCUUUAGGGUUUGAAAAGAUAUACAAACAAUAUGUGUACAGGCAAGAAAUAAGGAUAAAACAGGUUUAUUUUUUCAUAUUAGAAAUUUGGGUUUAGCAGUAUCACACAAUCUGGGCGUACAUAGUAAUACAUUUAAAGAACAUAAUAAAAAAUCCUUCACAGUUACACUUAAAGUGCUUUAUUUCUAUUUAGAAGAAUGGACUUGACAGACUGCCAGUGAGACAAAAACAUAGUGGUUAUGGCUUUCACAUUAUUAAUUUUGAUAAUUUGAACAGUUCUCUUAAAUUUAGACUAAUCAUAAACUCUUGAUUAACUUCAAAUAACUAAUUAUAACUUUUCCCACCUAUGAAUAUAAUGUCUAUGUUUUUAACAAUAUAUUGACUAUUUCAAUAAAUAUAUUGGAUUGCUAUUAAAAUUUGCGUAAAUAAGAUACUGUCAUGUUUGGAAUUUGGACCAACUUCCAAGAAUGAAGUAUCUCUAUUUUGUUUUAUCUUAUGCUAAAAUAUUUUCUAAGGAUUUAAAUUAAAAUGAUUAACAUUUCAUAAGACACAUGAAAAGAACAGACUAUAUUGCUUUUUGCAAAAGAAACAAUAUCGCAAGACAAGCUGUAAAAGUCAAACUUUUGGCUUCACUUGGUACAAAUUCUGAUGCCUAGAAAUCUCUUUACGUUUGGCCAUUACAAAAGAUAAAGACAACAUGCAAAUAAACAAAUUCUGCUGACGGCCAGUAGAAAAACAAUGUCUUGAUUCCUUGUACAAAGACUUUUUGAGGUAACAAAACAACUUUUUUGAUGAAGUAUCAUGUUUGCUUGCUUAUUCAGACUAAAGUUAAUAUAUUUAGAAACUAUAUACAUCAGAACACAUUGCUUGUACAAAAUAUUUGCACACUGUCUCUGAUGCAAUUAAAUAAAUUCAUAAGAUAUGACUCGGGAUUAUUAUAAGGUUUCCCCAAAACAAGACAUGCAUUUCACCACCUUUCACAAGCUUAAACAUGACAUGAAAAUUGGAGGGUAAUUGAAUCAGGAUAUAAUUUUAUCACAUUUGCCAAAAAGCAUAAUUGGGUAGUUAUUGUAUUAUAAUAUAUUGUAUAUGUGUCCUAUGGUGUGACAGCAAAAAGUUAGAAAAAAAACUAACAACGAAUAUAAAAUAUUUUAUUUUAUAAAUAUUCAUAAUUUAUAACAGGGGUUCUCAACCUUUUUGGCUCCAAGGGACUCCAAAAGAGUUACCUUGAAAGCUUGAAACGACUGGGAAAAGUUUGUUCAUUAUAAAAAUGGCCUAAUAAUAAAUAUUUUUAAUGUUUUUCUAUGCUCAUUUUGUCUCAUUUUAAAAUAUUAGUCAUCUUGAGCCCCCUUGAAAGUCAGCUGGGGGCCCCCUGUUGAUACAAAAUAAUAAAUUGUUAAUCUUUUUUUUUUUGUAAAUUUUUCCUGUCACACCAUAGGACACAUAGGGUACGGUUUAUUUGUCAACUACCCAGUUGCUUUAAAUUCUUUCAGAAGGGACAUUUUUCUUUCCAUUUAAUCAGAUUAAAGGUCAAUUUGUCAUUUUUGGUAAAAGUUUGAUCAAUAUUGUCCACACACAAUCAUUAUUAUGAUUACUAACCCCACAAUAGUUAGUUACUUAUUUCAAACGCAACGAAGAGUUUUAGGAAAUGGGGUGGAAUAUUGCUUCAUAGGUAGUUCCAUACACAUUCUGUAACACUGUGUUAUGAGCUGAUGUCAUUUGGUUAGACGUGACUUGUUUGGUCAACACCGCAGUAGAUGUGUUUUCAUAUAGAAACAUUAUACAUUACAGCCUAGUAUAUACACUGUAGCAACACAUAUAUGCUCCGCUGUUAUUUAAAGCUUAAAAAACAAAUACAAAAGCAAAACACGUAAUAUUCGAAUUGAUAGUAUCGUUUAAGAACAACGAAAACGUAGAACAGGCAGGUUGGUUGACCAUCAAAGGUCAUGCGGAAAACAUGCUAAAAUUUGCAUUAGCCCUAAAACCCAAAUCAAUACGACCAAAUUCCGACUGUUGGAAUGCAUGAUUAUAGAUACAAAUCCCUUGUUAUUAAAUUGGAAUUCAUUCACAUAGAGAUAAUAUGAUUGGCAUACACACAAACAGGCCCAUGCCCCAAAUCUAAAAUUAAAACAAAAGUCAAAAAACAAGAACCUGUUUUAUAUUCUUCUUGAUAUUUUCUAAUGAUUAUGCUGUUUAUUGACAAACCCCUUUCUCAUGAGGUUAAACCGUGACAAAUAAAAGCAGUAUCAACAUGCUCGCCCACCGGUUUCUGUACAACCGAGUAGAAAUGACACAAUUUCAGGAUCUUAUUUCCCUGCGACUGAGGCAUGGGUUAUUUACAUUAAGAGGAAAUGUUCAACUGUGUAGGUUCUUUUUUGCUGCUGUUGUGAAAUAUGGCGACCCGAGUUACCCAGAGCCCGACUUCCGAGUAAGAGGAACGGCUUGGUACGAACCAAAAAGGUAAACAUGAAAAGUAAACAGUGAGUUCCUGAUAUUUGCAAGAAGUGUUUACCUGCUGACCUGUGUUCACGAUUGUGAUAAACGGCAAACGUUUGUAAAAGGUUUUAUCUGUGUUAAUACGAGGUGAGGUGCAAAAUCGGAAAUAUCAGUAGAUGUUUUAUUUCUUAUAAUAUGCAAUAAACCUUUCCUAAAAAAAUGGUCACACGAAGUGUGAUUCACAGCCUUGUAGAAAAUGAUAACAGUUUCACCACCUAAAACGUAUUUUCCUUUUGUAGAUCGUUCUUUAAAAACGGCCUCUGUGUAGUUUAUUAUGAGUAUAAAUUGGUCUAAAUAUGCAUAAGUGACACAUGUAUAUAGACAUACAGUUAAAACUAAAAUCAUCCCACACCCUUUAAGUGCCUGAUCUAAUCUCUCACUUUCCUCCAAAUCAUAGGGUUUCACAAUAUUAUUCGGCUCCUUUGGUUACUGAGAACUUCAGUAAAUUCAGGUCAUAGCACCAGCUGAAAACAUCUGUUCAAAAGCCACGUGUCAAGGCACUUGACCCCGUGAGGUUAAAGUGCCUCCCAUCAGAUGAAGGGAAAUCGCUCAAAGUCAUUCCGUGGCAUUUCUUUGCUUCCCGUUCAUCGCAGACAUACGGUUUCUGUUUCCUACGAAAACAGCUCGGACGACCUUUUCAAGUCCAUGUCAUGGAUCAUCUCCGUAUUUCUUGACUCGACACAAAACUGCCCUCCGAAGGACCACUGUGCUAACACAUUCUAAAA